UAUAUAAAUAUCACCUCUUCUCCUCUCUCAUCUUUAGCUUUACAUACAAACUUUCAAUAUUUUUUUAUUUUCUCAACAUUUUACAAAAAAAAAAUAAUUUUAAAAAAUCAGCUCUCACCGCCCAUCAAAAAACAGAAUUUUCUGCAUCAUCAUUUAUCAACAAAAAGAAAAGUGGGUUUGUUAAUGCUGUUGUUCAACUUUCUGCUAUACAUAUCCAUUGCUCAUAACUAAAACAAAUAAUUAAUUUCACUAUGAUGGAAGGUUGUUCAAGUAUGGCCCAUCAAUGGAACAACAUGUAUAAUCAUCAUAAUCAACAAGAUCUAGAAACUUCUGGAUCUAUUCCAUUGAUGUUAGAUCCAAUCCAUGAAGAGUUUCAUCAAGAUUCAUCAGAAGCUUUAAUGGUGGGAGGAGGAAUAAUACCAUGGAAUAACAAUGGAUGUCCAUCAAGAGAUCAUAAUCAAACUUGUUCAUCUCUUCCUAUGAUGAAUAAUCCAUUAUCAGGAUUAAUCAUACCCAACAACAUUACUCAAUCUCAACCGUUGAAUCCAUCAUCAUCAGGAAAUUCAUUAGAUCAACAAUCAUUAGAGUGUUUAUUAUCAGGUAGUAAUAGUAAUACUGAUAAUACCUCAGUUGAAGAUAAUGAUGAUGGUAUUUCCAUGCUUUUUUCUAAUUCCAAAAAUAAUAGCUUCUUGAAUUUCUCCUCAAAUAAUGAUAUUAUUAAUCCUCCUAAUAAUAUCAUUAAUGGAGAUAAUAAUAAUAAUAAUAAUUAUCCACAAUUUAGUAUUAGUACUACAAGUUCUAAGAGACAAAAAACGAACAGUUUUAAUAUAAAUGUUGAUGAUAAGUGUAAAGCAAGAAGACUGAAUAGCUCAUCAAAUAUAAGCUUCCAACAAGGAAGCUCAUCGGGUUCAUCUGUGGACGAACCCGAUGCAGAAGCAAUACAACAAAUGAAGGAAAUGAUUUACAGGGCAGCAGCUUUUAGACCAGUAAAUUUUGGGGUAGAAAUUGUUGAGAAGCCAAAAAGGAAGAAUGUAAGAAUUUCAAGUGACCCACAAACGGUAGCAGCAAGACAAAGAAGAGAAAGGAUUAGUGAAAGAUUAAGAGUAUUACAAAAAUUAGUGCCCGGUGGAAGUAAAAUGGAUACUGCAUCAAUGCUUGAUGAAGCUGCUAAUUAUCUCAAGUUUCUUAGGAACCAAGUCAAAGCUUUAGAAGCUUUAGGUAAUAAUAAGUUUGAUCAUUUUCAAUUUUCUCCUAAUUCUUCUACUAAUCAUGUUUUUAAUCCUAUUAAUCUUCAAUUUUCAUCUUUGGCUUAUCAUCCCAUGCAACCUACUUUAACUCCUCAAUUUUCAUUACAAAACCCUAAUAAUCAAAAGUUAAAGAACUUUUGAUCAUAAUUAUUAUUAAUACCCUUUUUAACUUUCCAAUGAAAUUACUAUUUUAACCCUAUUUUCAUCAUUACCCCAUGAUCAUGAUUACUAUCUAUCAUUGGUGUGAUUAUAGCCUUCAUCAUUACUCCCACAAGAACUUUCAGUGACGAUCAUUAUGAGGGUUAAAAUGAUAUUUUUUCUCACAACAUGUUAACAGGUGAACAUAUUUGUAAUUUUACCAAGAAUGUGUACUUUAGAAGAGUAAUUUAGUUAAUUAUGAAUUAUGGGGUAAUUAAAUUUAGUGAUUAUUAUUAUUGUAAUAUUUGGAAAAAGUAACUUUUUCAAUAUGUGAAAAGCUAAGUAAUUAUAGCACAUAUGAUUAAGAACAAAAGAGGGGUUCAAGUCAGAAAAGUGAUUAUCCCCUUUAUGUAAUCUUUUUACAAUUAUAUGAGCAUUAUUAUUAUUAUUUUCCUGCAGCGUACUACUUGAAAAGGUUCACUUUCUUGAAGAAGAUAUUCUCUUUUUAUGAAGAAUAAUUAAAGUAUUUGAUUAGUUUAACGUUUGAUUAAUUAAAGUAAGUAAUUAAUUAAUAAAAGAUAAGUGCAAAAGACAUUCUCUUAUGAAAACCAGUGAGGACCCAACAGUGGUCCUGUCUCCUUGAUUCAAUUCAAGGCGUGCCCUUGAAAGACACUCCCUAAACAUAAUGCUUAGCACAUGAUUAUUCUUCUUUUUUGUCAGCAAAUGUUUGUUUAAUUUAUGUAAAUUCACUAAUUUUUGUCCAUUUUAGGAUUAAUUAAGGCUUAGAAUUAUGUGUUUCUUGUAACAUUCAAUUUGUCUUCAUAUCUGUAUAAAGUUGAUGCGGCUGUAGUUUGUAGAUGUAGUGCUCUGUUACCGGCUUUGCUACAUGAUCUUACUGGCAUUCAAUUUGCUCAUUAUUCUCUAUGUUUGGACUUUAUUGUUGGUAAAUUUUUACAUAGGAAUAAGUAUACACUAGUAAAAACUAGAUAAUUCAUAUUUUAUCUUUCAAAUAAGAUUGUAGAUUUGAUUCUCAUUUAAUCAAAAUAGUCAUGGCAAAUAUUUGACCCGAUGAUCAAAAUUAAGCUGAGUCGAUCAUUUUCUUUUAAACUCGGUCAAUUUUUUAGUUCCAACC